AUGCCGUUCUCGGAGUCCACAUUCAGCCGUCUUGUCGAUCGCUUCUACGUUCAUGGUUCAAUUGCACGAGUCAUAAACCGAUCCACGAACUGCAUCUUCUCCGGGCGACUGUUCUCGUGGGGUAAUCCGCCCAUCCAAUCUUAUGUUUACAACUGCAGAUCUACUGCAUCAUGGUCUGGAGAUCUGGCUCUUUCGGCCACGUUCUUCCCAGAAAGCCUGGCCACAUACGCGGUUAUGUUCGGCUGUGACAAAGAGCAGACUGAGGAAGUGAUCGCUCGACUCUGUAAUGCUGAUGAUCCGGUGUUUCACCCUAUGGUCCUGCCAACCAUAUUCGCUGAGAUGGAGCGUAAUCGGCAGAUCGCUUUGGUCAGGGAAAUCACCACUAGUCUUGCUGAGAGAGUCUACAACACUGGUGUCGGCACCGACGAUACUUGUCAUGAGCAAUCAAGAGACGGCUUCUCUGCCCCGGCAUCCCCACAGCAUCUACGUCCUAUAGGAGAUGUAAUCUUUCUUUGGACCGAGACAGGCCACUUGAGGGACGGCUUGAAUGCAUUCAAGAGGCAAAUGGAGAAGAUGAUUGAGCAUCUGGAUGAGCUUGCGGUAGCCCUUUUUCAGCCAGAGGGAGGCACAAACGCUCAGACUGCAGGCACAACAUGUGAUGUGGAGCGUCAGAAGCUGUGUCUCAAGGACUCGGGCGGUAGGAUAAAAAUGAGGCUCCGUGAGCUCGUGGACGAGUACGAUGAGUACAUUCUACGUUGUACGACAGUCAUGGACGGAAUGAAUCUCGCAACACAGCUGCAAAUCUCGAAAUCCAACUUGGCAGUAGCCUCUCUCACGCGCAAGGACGGGAAACUCAUGAAGUCAAUUGCCGUCCUGACAAUGCUUUUUUUGCCGGCCACCUUUCUGGCGACAUUGUUUUCGACUGGGUUCUUUGACUGGAAAGCUGCCCAGGGAAGCGUUGCAACAAUAUCGCCAUACAUAUGGAUAUAUGUCGUAGUGUCUAUGGUUCUUACUGUUUUGACACUCGGGGCUUGGUAUGUUUACGCAAUUCGGCAACACAAAGCCGAGGGCGAUUCUAUGACGGAUCUUGCUGCCUAA